AUGAAAUGGGUGGAAGGUGCAAAACAAGGCAUUGUCGUGGCUGGUGGUCAAGGAGAAGGAAAUGGUCUUACACAAUUGUAUUGUCCUGGAGGAGUCGUUGUCGAUCAAUUGGGCACUGUCUAUGUGGCUGAUGGAGGGAAUGAUCGAAUCAUGCGUUGGCCCAAAGGAGUCACACAGGGAAAUGUCAUUGUUGGUGGAAACGGUCAAGGAGGACAAUCGAACAAACUCAAUGGACCCUUCGGUUUGUCAUUCGAUCGACACGGCAAUCUCUAUGUCGUCGAUAACGGAAAUCAUCGAGUCCAAAAAUUCAACCUGGAAUCCAAUAAAUGA